AUGUCUCACGCAAAUAUCGACUCGGUGCGGUGGGAAGACUCCCAGUAUCCGUAUGCGGUCGACCGUCUCGCGAAGCUUUCUCGCGACUCGUGGCACGAUCCGGGCUUACAGGACCUAAUUGCGGGGUUCCCUGAAGAGACGAGACCGAAUGCCGAGACGCUGCUCGCUCAUGUGCAGGACCUGACGCGUAGGGACAUCAAAGCCGUGUACUUGAAGCAAUUACAAGGCAAGCUGUGGAAGACUGGUUAUGAGGAUGGCGACCUCGUCACUCCUCUUUUCGACGAUGUGAUACCAACACUGGAGAGCUGGAAGAGCGCAGGCAAAACACUUGCUAUCUUCAGCUCCGGCAGCGUCCAAGCCCAGCUGCAGUUCUUCUCUUUCGUCCGAGAUGGUACAACGACACGCGACCUGAAGCCUCUCUUCAAAGCCCAUUUCGAUCCCACUAUCGCCGGCUCGAAACUCGAGAAGGACUCAUACGAGAAGAUCUGUAGCAAUAUGGGCCAGAAGGGUGCCCAAGUGACUUUCCUUACUGAUAACAUCAAAGAAGCAGAAGCUGCGAAGGACGCUGGCGUGUACGCGGUCCUCGUGGAUCGACCCGGCAACGCACCGUUGGCUGAGCAGGAUAGGCAGCGCUUUCCCGUUAUCAAGCAGUUGACGGAUCUGCCGUAA